UUAAACCUUAAUCACUACAAAUCUCAAUCAUGCGCACUCGUAUUUUUUUUAUCAGUAUAAGUACAUGUUAUGGUUCUUCCAGAGUUACAAAGCCACUGGACCUACGCUGGAAAAAUGUAAAAAGCUAGAGCCCUCUUCGACCGACCUGCAAGAAUUUCCCUCGAGUCGAGCAUUUUUAGCAGCGAAACAAUGGACUGCCAUCAUCGCAUUGAAGUGCCCCUCCGGGCAGGAAAGAAAAUGAAAAAACGUCGGGAGCUGGACGCCCUGAUAGCCUCCCAGUCGUCCUCGUCGAAGAGAGCCAAUCGAAGAACCCCAGGCGGGGGAGCCACACACUCCCAGGACAAACUGCUCUCGGUAUCCACCGAUGACCCUGAGGAUUACGCAUGGACAAACGUCGCUGGUUCUAGUCGGCGUAGUCAUCGGAAAAUUGCCUACUUCCGCAUGUGCGGCCCACUUUUAUUGGGAAUUAUUGGCAUUUUAGUUGUGGCGAUUUUGUACUGGUUGUAUUUCGAUCUACGCCAGCAGCUGAACGACUAUCGCCAGAAGAUCGAGGAGGUCUCAGCCAUGAGCAAAAAUUUUCCGGACACUUUGCAGAGAUGGCACGAGACUUCGUCUUACCUCCUGAAGAACCAAACCGCCGUCAUAUCGGAGAUAAACGAAAUGCAGAAAACUAUGGAGAGUCUACGCAACAACUUCAGCAAUUUGGAGGUGGCUGUGGUAGCUCAGAGAAACCAUGGAAAGGAAGAGAAGCUGGUGGCUGACUUUGGAGCUAAGAUCGAAGCCGUUGCCACAGAUAUAGAAGCCAUUAAGGAACACUAUAAUAAAUACACCGAGGUUCAGAAAAUUCUGCAGGCCGAGACAGAAGCAUUAAAGGUCAAUCUCUCGAACCUACCAACGCUUCAAGCCAGCGCCUUCCCCGCAAAUUUGUCUGAAGAUAUUUCAGCCAUUAACAAAACCAUUUCAAAUUCCUAUAAACUAUUGGCCAACGAUCUAAAGGAUGUGAAUAAUACCCUAAGCCAAACAACGAAAAUGCUCAGCGAAGAAAUAUCUCUGCAUAAGACAAAAAUAGACGACUUGCUGGAUCGGUCGGAGAAUAUAACGUCCCAUGUAGCCACAAUUAGUAAUAGUUGGCCCGAAUACAAGCAGAAAGUAGCCAGCUUCGAUGAGUCUUUAGAUAAAAUUGAGAAGGAGCUAUCGCAAACAAACAGCAAGAAUAUCUUGCUGGCUGCUUCAAUGGAUCAGCUAAAGAGCUUUUGCAUUCAGAGCAUGGGCAACAAAAAAACACCCAGCAGUGAAGAUAGGCCGUCAGUACCUAAGCCUGAAAUGAACGCCGCCAAGCAGGAAUUUAUAAAGCCUUCUGCAAAUGCCACAGUAAAUCUAACGGAACCCUUGAAGCUGUAAGCUAAUCCUUUCCCAAGUGGUGCCUGUUGUAUUACCAAAUUUUUUCGUUCCGUGUUUAGCCAUUAAGACUUCAUGGGUUCCAUGUGACAAACUCACAGCCAUCGAUAACUAAAUUACAUUUAACACACGAAAGCUGCAAUGUACAUAAGGUUCAAAGAGCUAUUAACUUAACGACGAAAUAUAGGAUGUCCAAGUGCACGUGUGAUUUCAUUUAAGUUUACUUUAAAGCCCGUUUUAGAAAAGUAACUGUACAUAAGGGAGUGAAGUAAGAUGUAAGUCCAAUAUUAUUCACAUUAGAUACAGUACACGAUAUGUAUUUUAUUUCCACAUAAUAAAGUCAAACUAAAGCCAACAAAAGUUGGACUGCAAAUCCA